AUGCCCAUCCAGAUAUUCUGCACCAUCUCCUUCUCUUCCAGCGAAGAGGGGCAUGGAGACAACGGUACUAUGGGCAGAGGAGAAGACAGCGUGGACGAGUUCCUUUAUGGUCAGGAGGAGGAGGAGGAGAGGACGGCCACUGACAUUGUGGCUUUUGCCAGCAGCUGCACACUGCAUGGAGCCAGCCACAUCUUCAUGGAGGGCGGCUUCAGGGUACGGCAGAUGCUCUGGGCACUGGCCUUCCUGCUCUCCCUCUCCAUGUUCCUCUACCAGGUGGCUGACCGCAUCAUCUACUACCUGGAGUACCACCAUGUCACGCUGCUGGAUGAGCAGAAUAGUCCUGAGAUGACCUUUCCAGCCAUCACCUUCUGCAAUAUUAACCUCCUGCGGAUUUCGCAGCUCAGCCAGGAGGACCUGCUCUACAUUGCGCCUCUGAUGUCUGAGAACUUGAUGGAGCCAGGCUUCCCCCUGGCCCAGCUCAGCCCCGAGGCCUUUGAGCAGCCUCUGAACAUGUACAACUUCUACAACCGCACUUGCCACCAGCUGGAGGACAUGCUGCUGAACUGCAGCUACCAAGGGGCUGAGUGUGGGCCGGAGGACUUCUCCGUGGUCUUCACACGCUAUGGCAAGUGCUACACAUUCAACUCCGGACAGGAUGGGAAGCCCCGGCGCAUUACCAUGAAGGGUGGCACCGGCAAUGGCCUGGAGAUCAUGCUGGACAUUCAACAAGACGAGUACCUGCCUGUCUGGGGGGAAACAGAUGAGACUUCGUUUGAAGCUGGGAUAAAAGUGCAGAUUCACAGCCAGGAUGAACCUCCCUUAAUUGACCAGCUGGGCUUUGGGGUAGCGCCUGGAUUCCAGACCUUUGUGUCCUGCCAGGAGCAGCGGCUGAUCUACCUUCCCCCGCCCUGGGGUAACUGCCAGUCCAUAACCAGAGACUCUGAGUUCUACGACACCUACAGCAUCGCGGCCUGUCGCAUUGACUGUGAGACCCGCUACCUGGUGGAGAACUGCAACUGCCGCAUGGUGCACAUGCGAGGCGACGCCCCCUAUUGCACCCCCGAGCAGUACAAGGAGUGCGCUGACCCGGCCUUAGAUUUCCUGCUGGAGAAGGACAACGAUUACUGUGUCUGUGAGAUGCCCUGCAACGUCACCCGCUUUGGCAAGGAGCUGUCCAUGGUGAAAAUCCCCAGCAAGGCCUCAGCCAAAUACCUGGCCAAGAAAUACAACAAGUCGGAGCAGUACAUUGGGGAGAACUUUCUGGUGCUGGAUAUCUUCUUUGAAGCCCUGAACUAUGAGACAAUUGAGCAGAAGAAGGCCUAUGAGGUGGCUGGCUUGCUGGGUGACAUUGGUGGGCAGAUGGGGCUGUUCAUUGGGGCCAGCAUCCUGACCGUGCUGGAGCUGUUCGAUUAUGCCUAUGAGGUCAUAAAGUACAAGCUGUGUCGCCGGACCAAGUGCCAAAAGAAUCACAAAAGGAACAACACAGACAAGGGCGUCGCCCUGAGCAUGGACGAUGUGAAACGCCAUAAUCCCUGCGAGAGCCUAAGGGGUCACCCAGCCGGGAUGACGUAUGCAGCCAACAUCCUACCUCACCAUGCAGCCCGGGGCACGUUUGAGGACUUCACCUGCUAACUGAUGUCCGGAUGUACAACAUACACUACCAAAGCCCUCCAGAGAGCAGCCCCUGUCCCUGGGGGGUGUCCAUGGAGGGGACACACCUAGGGGCCCUUGCUCCUUGCGACAGUGGGACAUUAACAAGAGUGAUGGCCUCAGGUUUAGGGCCAGGUGGCAGGCAGUUGGGUUGGUUUCUGACCCUGGAUACAGACUCAGCGCCAGCUGCUCCCCCACCUCCCCAUAGUUUAGAAACUUUUAGACAUUCUGGUCGCACCCCCCACAGCUCUGACUCUGCAGCCUGUGCUGGAGCUACACACGAGCCAGGCUGCACCACAGGACCUGGCCUGCUCCUCCUUGGCGCCUCAGUUUGUUUUUGACUAAAAAGAGAAAGGAGCCCAGAAGAAUCAGCUCUUUGGCUGCAGUCACACUGGGGGAAGUAACCCCUCUCCCAUGUUCCCCAUUCCCGUCCAUUUACCUGGUUUCCAUGUCUAUCCCGCAUCCACACAUCGCACUGGAGAGAUACUUGGUGGGGGGGAGGGUUAUGAGCGAGCACGGGGAGGCUUGGUCCCUGUGCUCAGCUUGAGCCAGCUCUCCACAGAGCAGGGGAAUCUAUUCGUACUGGAGCAUCACCUCCACAAAAGUGGGAGCCCCCAGGGUCUGUCCUCUGAGCUAGGGGCCCCACUGCUAUGGCAGCAUGUUCGCCUGGGCCCCUCUUUCAGCAUUUCACCCCCAGUGUGGAUGGGAGAGGCUGAUGGUGAGAGCUGGAUCCCAGAAGCUUCUGCUGCGUGUCCCAUGUGCACUGCAGCCGAUUCAGCAGCCACAGUCUUGCUCUGAACUUAGUCCCCUGCCCCUGGCACUGAGUGUCUGAGCAUGAUGGUCCCUGGGAACCUUCCCUGGCUGUGGGUUCAGCUCAAGGGCAGAUGCCCCCAGGUCUCCCCUGGCUCCUGUCCCCUCCAACAUGACCACGAUUGUUGUUCUGUGGACUGAGCUGGGGUAAUGAUAGUCCCACCUGUGAACAAGCCCAGCCAUCUUCCUCCCUUCACCAUCACCCUCCUUCACAUGCCCCACCCCCAAAGAAGUCUCCUGCCCAAACUCUCACAUCUGGAACCUACACAAUCCAGAGGCGUCCAGAGAGGCUGCUGUGUGUGGACAGUGCCAAAGACUGUAACUUCGGGUGGGGGAGGGGAAUGAGGCCCGUACAGUAGCCAUGCUGCAGGGUCAAGGAGGACUUUCCAAAAACCCUAAGAGGCCUCAGCCUCUUUUCCCCCUAAGGUAGAAGCCUCAUAGCUAAUAGGGCACAUAAAGGGAAGAAUCCGCCUCAGGCCCAUAAGCCCUUGCUGUUGCACAGUCCUUUCCAGAUAAGCCUGCCAAGCCAGGCAGCUGGGGCUAGAUGUGCUAUGGGAGCACUAGGGUCAGCAUGACAGGCAGAGAAAAUGCUGAUGGAUGAAGCUUCACACUGAUCGUGCUGCCACUUCCCAUGCAAGUGGGAUCACCCAGGAAGAGGAGCCUGCCCGAGACAGCCCACACUCCAGAGCUGCACUAUGGAUAGUCAGACCCAGGAGUUUUCUGGGGGGAGCCAUGCGUCUCUAAAAGGCACCUGUCCAGCUUUCCCAGGCUAGUCACAUGUCCUCCAGGCAGGUGCUGUCCCAGGAAAUGUAGGGCUUUGCAUUCCCAUCUGCCAUGGAGUCACCUGGAAGCCAGGCAUCCUCUGGAACAGCCUGAUGCCAGGGAAGCCCGUGGCUCAGAGCUGGCUGGGGAAGCUGGUGCCCAUGGGCUGAGCUAACUUCCCACGGAAGGAGGCUUCCAGCAGGACAGAUCCUGUCCACACGACCCUCCUUGUGCCCUCAGCUCUGCCAAUAUCAGCUGAGCCAAGCCCUCCACCAGACAGAACCCUCUGGGACUCACAGACACCCACCCUUUGGAAAUGACCCACAGACCCUCCCCCUGGACUUCUCCAGAUGAAAUUCCCAAAUCACCGGCAGCUUCUGAAAAUGGCAGGCCCUGAGCUUGGUUUUUCAGCGGUGCCUGUUGUUUACGCACCCUUGGCCCUUUGUGUCCCAGAGUCUCUGCUACUAGUGCCCAUAGGCUGGGCUGUGUGGGCAGAGCCAGCCCAGUCAUAGCCUCUCCAUGGGAUGCUGGUACAUAGAGGAGAGGAGCUGUGAGGUCAGUUCGACUUGUGUGUAACAAACCCAAACCCCUCUGCAGCCAGGCCAGGGACUCCAGAGCCAGACCUUGCCUGGGUUGCCUCCAUCCUUUUGUUCCACUGUCAGGGUCAGCCCCAGAAUUCUCAUGCCCAACCUGCACCCCUUCACCACGUGACAGCUCUGCAGGGCUGACGUGCUACUUAGCUUAAAGAGUUUUUGCAGUGUCAUUUUUCUAAUCUUUAUUUACUUUAUGAUUAUUAUUAUUUUACUUCCUGACCAAAAUUAGGAACCGGGGUCAGGCCUUUGUAUCUAGCACUCGCCCAAAGACGAACGGGUCAGCCAUGUCCAUAGAUUGUCUUAUGCCUCCUUAAUGCAGUUUCAUUCCUUUUAUUUUUUUUCCUUUCUUAUUUUCACUCUCGCGCUCUAAAGCUUUUAAAGAUGGGGCUUGGAUUUGGAUUUGACCUUGACGCUCACCCAUUUAUCAUUUUUUAUUGGUCUGUUUUUACUAUA